AAUCCUACCUUUGGUGUUUAUUUCCCUUAGAAGGAAACUUGGCUUUAAAAAAAAAAAGAAGAAGAAGAAGAAAAGAAAGAAUAAUCAUAGCUCUAUAUAGCUCUUAUGCUUCAGGAGAGGCGCACGGCUCCAGCACCGUGGAAAGACAACUUGCCUUUGUUCCCAGGCACUUGGGGUGUUGUUUACUUUCUCCUGCGGCCGGCGGCCGGCAGGGCUCUGCCCGCUUCCCAGGAGAGGGGCUCAGGAGCUGAGGCACUGAGCCCCCGGGGGGGGGGGUGUCUGUGGGCACCCGGUCGUGGUGGCUGCUGCCCGCCUGCAGGGGGUCGGUCUCCAAACCUUGGACCCCAGAUUUGGGCCUGGGACGGGGAGACCUGGUGCCCGGACUCGGACACCUGAGCACCCCGCCAUCAGCCUCCAGCUGAGCACCUGCCUUCCCAGCCCCAGGACCCGACCUACAUCUCUUGGCCUUUCGGAGCUGCUGCUGAGAAAUGUUUUUCCUAGGGCAGACAGGUGUACUGCAGGGACUGGUGGAAAAGCAACAUCUGCCUAUUUCGAAGGGUUGAAGGAUUUAAUUCCUCCCACCCAGCCCUUUGCGCCACCACCAGCACCACCACCGCGAGUUGGGUCUUGUUAGGGACAAUGUCAGGUCAAGAACUUGAUUCCACCUGGGCAGGAAGCGUAGGCCCAGCAGCGUCAAAGGUGUAUUGAAAAGAUGAGUCCUUUAUUUCCCUGCUCUUCGGUAUUGGAAUCAGAUCUCUAACUGCGGUAAUGGUCUUAAGAAAAUGUUUUCCAAUGGUAGAUGGGGGGGCAGCGAAUGACCAGAACCCCCUGUUAGGUGGAAGGUACCACUCAGUCUGCAGCUAUGCUCUUCUCUGUUCCAGUCGCUCCCAUUAGCAUCAUAAUGGCUCCAAAAGAAAAAGAAUCCCAACUAAUCUGGAAAAAACAGACUGUAUAGAAAGGCUUGGUAACUUCACUGUGACCAUUUGCUGGAAAAACUUGACAUUUUAGCCCUUGGCCGUCUGGGAAUGCUCGAGGUGUCAUUCCACUACUUUGCCUUGGCUGGUGACACAGACAUGCAGGAACCGGAGGAUAAAAGGGUAGAGCCUUUUUAUUUGUUAAACCCUUGUAGAGAAAAAAAACCCACUUUAACACCCUUCUUUUGAAUCCACUUGCCUCCCAUGUUAAAAAUUUUUUUUUUGCUGUACAUGUAUGUCUUUGUGACUCUAUCUGCUAUUAACAGCACAUAAAUUUGUGAAUUUCAACGGCUGAACUCACUAGCAGAAUUAUAAUGUAAAUCUCAUCGUACGGAGAAAAAAAAUGACAGUCUCGAUGUGCACUCAUAGUACCAAGAAUCCGUGGUGCUUCGCGCCCCACACUCCAGUUCUUCGUGAUCACUGAACUCGCCUUCUUCAUUCGUUAGCAUCCCAGUGCAAGUUCUAAACAGAUGAAGAAGACUCAAUGGCAAAAUUACCUCUCCACUCCCAGAUAAUCCCAACUCAUUUAUAUUGUAUGUAAACUUCCAUAAAUCACUUGUGGAACUCAGCCUCUCCAGUUGACUUCCAAUUCAAAACAAGAAGAACUUACUGAAACUGGAUAUCGUAAAGGAAAGAAACAGCCAAGAUCAAAGCUGUUAUGGAUGCCAUGUUUCAAGUUCAAAUGCAUAAUAGAAUUUCAUAUGGUGGAAACAGUAGUCACAAAUGGAAACCCUGAAAUCCUUAACAACCAAAAAACUACAAGGAAAAGUCAUUAAAAUAUAAACAAACUCUUACUAAUGUAAAACAGCACAGCGGCCAUAUAAUGUUCUAUUAACCAAAGGCGGUUGCUACAAGGGGCCAGCAAAUGCCUCACUGUCUUCAGUGACAUGGAUUUGUCGACUUGUUUUGGUUUAUAGGUAAUAAAAUUUCCACAUAGGCAAAAAGCUUGAAUCUUAUUCCCAGAAUCCAGCACAAAAGUGAGUUUGAAUUUCAAGGGAGAAACUACUGUUGUCAAUAAGACAGGGCCAGUGACUCAAUAAUGGCUAUAAUUCAUGUGCUCCUGGUACCAUCACUUCCUGAUGCUAUUGUCUCUUUGAAAAGGUUCAGAAAUUGGACCAUUUCAUGAGAGUUGUCCAGGGAAUAAAUUAUCAUGAGGUUUGAUGCCUUGUUUGGAUGCUGAGUUUGCGAGGUAAUAGAAUGGCCUCGUGUGAAAUGAAUGUGGUCUCAAUUUCUUGAUUGAUGACUCAAAGGGCAAAAUAAAUGGCAUGUCCCACCGUUUCUUUUUAGGGAAUUCAUUGAACCGCUUUUUUUUUUUUCCUCUUAUAAGAAGAUUUUCCAAGUCCUUGCUGCUGCCUCUUUGGAGGGUAUUUUAAAAGCAAGGCGGUAGGUGGUUUAGCAGCCCCAUCAGCUGGAUCCCCAUUCCAGCGAAUGACCCAAACACCUGCCCUGUCUCUUAGAAGGCUGGCUUCCUUCUUCGAUGAAGUUGGGACAGAAUCUCGGGUCUUGGAGAGAAGCCUGGGUGACGGAUGGAGUCACGGCUGCCAAGAGCUGCUCUGUGAGCCAGAAGGACAAUGUCACUUCAUGAAGCUACUUCCCCUUUGCCUGGCGCCUUUCCUCCUUUACCAGGAAGCGGACCCUUGUUUUAACAUGAGGUCAUCCAGUCCCCGCAAGACAAUAGGUGGUUCACCCGUGCAAGCUGUGUCAUUUGGAAAAGAAAGUGAGAACCAGACCCUGAGGGUCUAUUCGUAAGACAGCCCAUCUUCAAGAAAGCAGAUCUGACCUCACUCUUGGUGACCUUUCUUUAAGUGAGAUGGUGGGAACUUUGGGUCUUGGGAAGGAAUUGGCUCUUCAUAAGGCGCUGAGGCUGCUCCACUGUCACCACGGAUCUGUGGCCUUCUUGCUUUAGAUUGUCUCCCGCGUCCACUCCCUCUCGAGCCCUCUGCAGGACCCGGCGAAGCCCCUCAGCCUCCACAGAAAAGGCUCCCACCACCUGCGGCACCGAGGAGCCCAGGGCGCGUCCCGGAGCGGAGAGGCUCCCACGCUGCCUGCAGGCCCUGGGGACGGCGUGAACUGGACCAGAGGGCAGUGAUCUGAGGCCGUCAGAGAUGACUCUGGUUCUGUCCAUGAAUAGAUUCUGCGAGCCCAUUGUCUCGGAAGGAGCUGCUGAAAUUGCUGGGUACCAGACGCUAUGGGAGGCUGACAGCUACGGAGGCCCGAGCCCCCCGGGGCCAGCACAGGCUCCUCUGCAGGGAGACCGGGGAGCCGGUCCCCCGCUGGCAGGAUCCCAUUACAGGGGAAUUUCAAAUCCUAUAACAACAUCCAAGAUCACAUACUUUAAGAGGAAGUAUGUGGAAGAAGAGGAUUUUCACCCACCACUCAGCAGCUGUAGCCAUAAAACCAUCUCGAUCUUUGAGGAGCGCGCGCACAUCCUUUAUAUGUCCUUAGAAAAGCUAAAGUUUAUCGAUGACCCUGAGGUGUACCUCCGACGAUCGGUCCUGAUCAACAACUUGAUGAAAAGAAUCCAUGGGGAGAUUAUCAUGCAGAAUAACUGGUGCUUUCCCGCCUGCUCUUUCAAUGGCGCCUCCGCCCAGGAGUGGUUUAUGGCUCAAGACUGUCCUUACCGAAAACGACCUCGGAUGGCCAAAGAGGAGUGUGAAAAGUUUCAUGCCUGCUGCUUUUACCAAGAAUGUGGUGGUCACUACCUAAAUUUACCCCUGUCUGUCAAUGCUAACGUCGGAAGUGCCUCCUCCUCCUCCUCCUCUUCCUCCUCUUCCUCUCCCUCUCCCCCUCCGCCUUUACCGAGUUGCUCCCACCAGGUGGAUUUUGAUGUAGGCAGCACACCUCUCUACAAGGGCGAUGGCCAGAUACCUGCCAAUGAAAUCUUUGUUACGAAUGCCAGGUCGCUUGGUGUUCAGGAAAAGGCCAAAUUAAAUGAUGAGAAAGCAGACGAUGACACCAGCAGGGAUGGCGGCCCCCUAAACCAUGAACCCGUGGGACAUGACCUUGCUUUUGAGUGCAAAGGCCAAUUUUAUGAUUAUUUUGAGACUGGAUAUAAUGAAAAAAACAAUGUAAGUGAGUCUUGGAAAAAGUCCAUAAGGAAGAAGGAGCCUUCACCGAGCAACAAACUGUGUUGCAGCAAAGGAAGUAAAAUUUGAGCCAUCUUCUCACCGCAAUCCCGACGCAUGCGCAGCAUGAUCAAUUAGCGCCCAGAAAUUUUAUUUUGAAUGGAUUUUAUAGUUUUGUACAACUGAUAAAAUUAUGCCACGAACAUGCCGUGUCGUUUUAAUGCCUGGAGAGCAGAUUGCCUGAAACAUCUGUAUCGUAGGCAUCAGCGCGCUACUUAUAAAUGUGGUGACAGUACCAAGAAAACAGUUGACUUAACGCUUAAAAGUAUAUCUUAGUUUUCUUACAGAAAAGAUUAGUAGAUUAGAUGGGGGAACAAUGUGGCCCUUGUGAUAUUUCUACUACCCCCGACCCCCAAGGAGCCUGUCACUGGCGAAGAACCCCCCCACAUCUUUGCCAAUUAAUUAGGUAGUUCUUUGGUAAGCAAAUUGAUAUAACCAGCAAAGGAUGUCUGCUUCUUCUACAUGAUACAGUAUUUUUUUUUUUUUUUCUAAAAAAAAGACUGAAGACAGGGAGCUAGAUGAAAUGGCUUCAUGGUACUGUUAAGUGUGUGGAUUUAACAGUCUUAUGUGACAGAUGAAAUUAGGAUAGAACGUAAUGAAACAUACCUGUCUAGGGCAGCAGUCAACAAUAUGAGUAGAGAGUGGUCCCUGCCAGUUCCCAGCUUGCCUAGGACGGGUGAUGAGGCUUUUAGAGAGGUAUUAUACAGGGCGAUUUUUGGUGCCUUACUUUAUCUUAAUUUUUGCCAAUGUGAAAAUUAAGGAUAAAUCAGAGUACAGCAGGGAUUUAACAAACAGGAAAAAAAAAAAGAACACAGGGUGGAUCAGUAUUGUUUGGAAGUCGUUACCUUCGAGCUGUUGCGUUCAACUUUUGAUUCGACAUCGCCUUUAUGUUUGAUGCCCACUUGCUUUUUGGAGGUGGCGUUUUUAGGAAGGGAUGGAGGAGACAAUAGAGAAAGCGAUUAGAAACCAGCACUAUAGCUGCUUGAGCUUUUCUACGGCAACGGUCUGUUGCCGGGGUUUGGGUGUUCUGGGUUUGGGAUUUUGUUGCGUUUUCUUGUCCGAUGACGUUCAUGAACCAGUGGCAUGCAUUCUACUUUAAUCGGUUUUGCAUCAUUUUCACUCGUUUAGAUUAUAAAAGCAUGUGGUUUUUUAUAUAUGACUUUCGCUGUUGAUUACGAAGCACAAUGUUCAUAAAUGUUGUGAUGAUCUAUAAGGUCUUCUCUUAAAGAAUGUAAAGACAUGUAGUUUGGGGAAGGUUAUUUUGGAGAAAUGGGACUCGGUCAGCAAACGCGCCUAUGUAUUUGGUCCUCAUUUUUCUCGGUCGUUUCUUUCAUUCGCACCUUGCUAAGAGCGUUCAGAGUGCCUCCCUCUGACCAUCCUUCCUCCCAUGCCAGCCACCGCCGCCUGCUCAGCUGGGUUCCCGUGUCCAAGGUGACUCACUGACCUGGGCCUCCUUCCACCGUACUUCACAGGAACCAAAUGCCAAAUGGAGGAAAUAGUAAGUCCUCCCAAUUUCUCCAAGAUAAAGCUUUUUUUAAAAAAAAAAAUCACUGCUUAUUAAUAUUAAAUAUAGGUCUCAUUCAUACAGUGUAUGAGUAAGAUCAUUGGACAAUGUCCACAAGGACCAAUUUUUAAAACAUGUUCUUGUGUUCUGGCUGAAUAGUAACGUCUUGUCCUUUAUUUUCAAUAUUUGAUAAACAUUUGAUGUUGACAACUUAGAUGAUAGAUGCUUGUAUAUGAAUGUGUUGUAAUAAAGUGAGGUUUUCUUGAUAUAUAUUUAUUAAAAUGAUCAAAAUUCA